CUUAUAAACACUGCUCUCGCCAUCAUCGCUGUUAUCCUCGCAUAUUCAAAGUUUGACGGUCGAGAAUUCACUUCCGCCAUGCUCUAUGAAGGAAAUUGCUCUGUUUCAAAAAACUGGGAACGUGGCCUGCACCUGCUGAUAAAUACCCUCAGUACAAUCAUGUUGGCGGCAAGCAACUAUUGCAUGCAAUGUCUAUCUUCACCAUCUCGCCAAAAUGUCGAUACCGCCCACACUCAGCGGCGGUGGCUUGACAUUGGUGUAUCCAGUAUGAAGAAUCUUAGCUUUGUUGGCUGGAGGAGAUGCACAUUAUGGGUGCUGCUUUUGAUAUCAUCCCUACCAAUUCAUCUAAUAUACAACUCUGCUGUGUUUUCUGCACUGGGCACAAAUCAGUAUAGUGUCCUACAUGCAUCUGCAAACUUCGACUUCAACAACCCACCGAAUAAUGAUCCUGAUUAUGCAAAUUGCUUUGAACAGAACGUCGCUAUGAACAUAUCGAGUUUCAGCUCUAAAAUGUCAGAAUUUGACCGCCUUAAUACACAGGAAUGCAUCAAUACGUAUGCUGCGGAUUUCAUUACAGAUCGAGGAACCCUAAUCAUUGUCACCAACAAUUCGACUGAUAAUGAUUGGUUACGCCAUGUUGCCAUCGUGAAUCCACUGGAAGAGGUGAAUGAUCCUUUUGAGUGGAUGUGCGAGAAUGAGCACGGGGGUUCAUGUACAAAGGAUGAUCUUGCCAAUUGGUCUCUAAAAUCUAGACCCUGGUCAGCUUUUUUACUAAAUGUGACCGUCUUCUCAAACAUCACAUAUACCUUCAAUGUCGACGCGCAGAAUGAAAUUUGGGAUUUCGCUUCAUCCCCUGAUGAGCAAGAGGACUUAUCAAAUCUCUUUGAAUUCAUGAAACAUUGGCCUCCUGAGGAAGAGUUGCGACAACAUCUCAAUGCAAGUCACUGGAAGAACAGUUCCUGGUCAAGAAACAUUAUAAUUCAGGAACCAAAUGUGGUGUGUCCAUCCAAACCUGAUGGUUGGCCCAUCAAUCCUCUUCCUGAUGCCUUUCCAGUCGACUAUUGUUUAAGCCAGAAGAUCGACGAAAGAUGUCAGCUACUAUUCAGUCUCCCUAUAUGUUUUGCUGUUAUUUUCUGCAAUGCCAUUAAAGUUGUUUGUAUGUUCUUGACGGCUCAUGAUGACAGGAAGGAAAUAUUCCUGACAGUUGGAGACGCCAUAUCAUCAUUUGUCAAUAAUCCUGAUAGGACAACUGAAAGCAGGUGUUUAUUGUCAAAAUCAAACAUCGAAAAAGGCCCACGGCCAUGGAGCGCAUCUCUUAACGAUAACGACUUUCCACAUGGAAAACCUGCAGCUCGCCUCCCCGGUAAAAAAAGAUGGAUGAAAGCCGUUAGCAUCUCAUACUGGACAGUAACAAUCACUCUCUGCCUGCUUAUUUUGGUCUUCUCAAGUGCUCUCCUUUCACUGGCUAUUGAAACAGGAACUUCCAAACCGGUGACGUUCCGAAGUCUCUGGAACCUUGGUUUUGGAACUGCCACCUCAUCCACAAUAGUACGGCUUUGUGGUUCUAACAACUGUGGACUUAUAAACACAAUCCUUGUUGCAAACAGCCCACAAAUCCCUGUCUCCAUUGCCUAUUUUCUCUACAACAACCUGUUGACUAACAUGCUUCUUGCUGCUGAGUAUGAUGAUUAUGCUAGACAGCGCAAACCAUUGCGUGUUUCCUGGCCAAGGGGCCUCCAGCGUUCAACCUACUACCUCAGCCUUCCAUACCGAUAUAGUAUUCCGCUUCUGGCCAGUCACGCAUUAUUACACUGGCUUGUGUCCCAGAGUCUUUUCUUUGUUGAGGUUUUUCCAUACAACCUAACUGGGAUUCUUAUGCCCGACUAUCGGCUAGUAGCGUGCGGCCAUUCGCCAAUUGCAAUUAUUUUCACCAUAUCUCUCGGAUUUCUAAUGGUGUGCACGAUUAUAGGCCUGGGGGUGGGGCGCUUCAAAUCCAGCAUACCUCUUGCCGCCAGUUGCAGCGCAGCUAUUAGUGCUGCGUGUCAUCCACCCCCUGGCGAUGACCAUGCAGUCAAGCCAGUCAUGUGGGGUGAGAGCAGUCGUUCGAGAGCCAGUAGUGAAGAUGAUGAAGAAGCAACAAAUGGUUCUGAAUCUAGUCCGGAUACGCGAAGCCGCCAGCCCGACGGGGAGGAAAGCCGUGCCCGUUCAUUAACCGAGAACAAUGGCCCUGAUGAAGAAUGCUUCGCGGGGUAUGGUCAUUGCAGCUUUUCAUCUCAGGAGGUCAUUACUCCUGAUCCUUUGCGGCUUUAUACUUAA